GCAGCACCUGGGGGUAAGGACACACAAGGCGAGAGAAAAGGAGAUGGAAGGAUGAGGAGAGACAGAGAUGAGAGAGGGGACAGAGGAAAAGAAAAAAAUUUUUUGGUCCGUUUCCCAGACACACUGCCGCUCAGUCCUCAACCAGCCGAGAGGCCCUCACUCGCUGUACUGGACACUCUUCGAUGGAUGGCUCGAUACUCCUCCGCCUCCUGGCGGACAAUGAAGGCUCCUCCGGUUACGGGCACCCGGCAGCAAGCUCCCUGUUCCCUCGGUCUGCCUGCUCCUCCCCAUCAUGGCGGAAGGCAGCAGGUCUGGCCUCUGGCGAAUGGCGGCAACUCCUUUGUCCCGUUACAGAUGGCAGCCACCCCUCCUCGACCCAGGAGCAUGGCACCACCUCCUUUAGCACCACCGCCUCAGCACCGUGAUCCCCCUCAGCAGCGAGGGUUCUCUGACACCGUGUCCUUCCUUCCUCCCGGGUUUCGGCAGCAAUGUAGCAAUGUUUAAAGUUCAGGGAAGAAGGAGGCGGGAACUGGCAAACGCUCAACAUAAUUUUAAUAAUAAAAUAAACAAACAACAAAACCAAAGCCCCUCACGGAUGACUGCCGCAUAAAUGAAAACAAAACAACAACAUAAAGUCCAGGCCUGGUCCUCUCUCGUCCUUCACUGUCGUCACUCGUCCUUUUAUCUUUCCGGAGCUCCUCUGUGAGACUUGAAGCGGGUGAGGCCCAUUAGCAGUCGCUGCUCUCAGCCCCACCCUGCUUGCCACUUAUGCGCUUUGGCCGUUCAUUUACACGACAAUGGCAUUUGGGGGCCUGAAAACGCAAACUUUUCGAAAAAAGAGCUACUUUUUAAAAACGAUACCGCUAUCAUCUCUGUGUAAACUACAAAAAUGCGAAUUUAUGAAAACUGUGACGUCACGUACAUGCAUAUUAUGUGUCCAGUCUAUAGGUGCGUAGUGUUUCUUUACAAAGUGACAUCGCCAUCUACUGGCCUGACAUGAAUAAUACAGGCCAGUCAUUUUUGCGGAUCCAUGUGAAUGGGGAUAGUUUUGACAAUCUUUGCGACAAAUGCAAAGCAAAACGUUUCCGUUUUUAGUACAUCUUUAUCGUGUAAACAUACCCUAAGUAAAACAUAUCAGCUAAUUAAGUCAUUUAUAUGGCCCCCAACUUCCUGUUUCAACAGGAAAUAAAUUGGCAUAGGAAUGAAAUCUGCAAUUGUCAAGUGAGUUCAAUGCUAAAAUUUUGAUUGUUCAAUAACCAUGAAUGUAUCAACCCCCUUUCAUCAAAACAGACCUCAAGGAGGUCAUAUUAGUUAGGUUAAUUAGCAAAAUCUGUGACUGGCUAAGUGUAAAUUGAUUUUAUGUGGUGGAUGCUUGCUGAGGCUAGCAGUAAUCCACUCUGAAACAAUGCUGCGGGGAAAGGCUUUGUCGUCUUCACACAAUACAGCAGAAAAGAACUCAUUGAAACAAACACACUUAAACUACGUCUGCUAGCUGCCAAUGAGGAGCAGCUCUAUUCAUGAGGCAUCAAUCAGUGGGCUGGUGGGACAUGUCUGAUGGAGGAAGAGGAGGAAACUCUCAUCUCCUUGUCUCCUUUGCCCUCUCUCCAUUCAGCCGCACAGUUUGACCCACACGCAUUGAUGACGGCAUAUGGGCCUCUUGCCUACCCCUAUUCAAACUCAACAGCGACACGUAAUCUACAUGUGCACUAUGUACACUACGCUCAUGUAACCUAUAUCACACAAUGGCAUGGCCUUAGGGCACAUGUAUGUAAUGUACUCAAGGUAGACCUUUGAACAUUGUUUCUUUAGUAAAAGAAUUUUUCCAUAAUGGAUCUCAACAGUGAUUGGUGGUUGUUUCUUCAGGAUUAUGAGUAAUGUAGUUUUUUUGCACAGAAUUUGGCUAAUACUUUUUUUUUUUUUUUUUUUUUUUAAAUUGGCAUUGAUUUGUGGCUUGUGGUUUUCCGCUUAACCAAAUUGACACUUAUGGUACAGUAGAUCUUCAAAGGUUUAUUUGUAAUGGUUACAAUCUAUUGAAUGAAUGGGAUUUUUUACUUUUGGUAUCCUACUGUUGGAUUCUAUUGGGGCACAAUCCAUAAUCACAUUGUAGCAAUCAUUCCAGCCAACUUUGUCAUGCGGGAUAAACUAUGGAAAUUGACAGAACAUCAAUAUUCCAACAUCCACACCUCACAGCAGAUGUCAAUAGGGUGCAUAUAUGAAGAGCCAAACAGGCCAUGCCCUCUAGCAACUAAUAAGAGGACAGAUUAACAAAGCUCUCAUUAAAUGAGAACAAAUCCUUAUGAAACACAGAGAGGUCACAGGCUGGAUGUGAAGUCAACUGCCAAACUGAAAUACCAAAAUCAUUGUUAAAAACAUUAAAUGGUAUUUUGAACACCAUUUGAUUUAAAUCAUUCAAUACUGUCUUUAUUUAAUAUUGUUUCAAAAACAAAACAACGAAGUGGAUUGUUCUUAUUGAUUUAUUCUCAAGGGAUUUUCAGCUUGAAGGAAAUGUUCUCAGGGCAGUCAAACUGACCACAAUAAAAAACAAGGCUAAACACAAACAAACUGACCACUGGCUCUUUAUAGAAACUUUAACUCCAUAGGUCUGCACAGUAAACAUCUAUAUUUUGAAUUACAUUAUUUGAAGCCAGUGCAGUGGGCAUUUCUGCUUUCAAACUUGUUUGUCAGGAAAUCUUAUGAAACCAAAAUGAGAAUUGCAUCUGGCAGCGCAUAAAUGCCAUCUUUCAGUGCUUGCGAUUCUGUCUGUAGCUUGUUCUUUUGGUGCUCAACAAUGACUCCAAAGGACUGUGAUGUACAGUCUGUGUGAAAUGGGGAUGUAAUUAUAGCUAACAUGAGAUAUAUCAAGAACGCAUUUUCCAAUAAAUAAGCAGAUUCAGUACAUUGGCUUAAAUUACAUCAUUAGCUGACCUCACCCUUGUUGAGCAAUGCAUGCAUUUAUGGCAUAUUUUUAUUGAGUGCAGGAGGUAUAGGUAUUAUUGCAUGUUCUCACAUGCUGAGGUUGUAAUGUAUUUGUUAUUAUGGCCUUGAAUGGAAUUCAUUAGUCACAUCUGACACAUGCUCUUUGCAUUCAAAAUUGGACUUUGGAAACAUAAACAAUUAAGCACUGUACACAAAACCACUGUUAUAGCGUUGCACAACAUAGUGAGGUAAAAUCGCAGACAAUAAUGUGAAUCAUUUUAAACAAGAGCUCUGAGAGUUAGGGAAGAAGAAAAGAUGAUUGUAACACUUGUUUAGUUUGUUUUUGUUCAGAAAAUGUAUAGCCUAAAGCUAUACUAUACAAAGCCUUAAAUAUAGUGGCAAUUAAAAUUCUAACUAAAAUUAGUUAGAUACACAUUGUGUCAGAUAAACAAUGUAAUGGAAGUAGAAAACAUAUUUAAAAUGGAUUACUGAAAAGAAAAAAUGUAGGGCGGGGACUUUGUUCAAUUCACUGGUUGUUGAUUGGAUGGAGUCUGAAUUCUCCACAUGAAAGACAGACAACUGGCGAAUCAAUAUGCUACUUGUUUUCUCACCAAACAGUAAAAGUUUAAGUAGAUUAAACUUAAUUAAAAUUUGGAGUGUGUAUUAUGAGAAUAACUGACAUUAUGAUUAACAGAUUGCACAUAACUAUGCAACAGAACGCAAUUUUGCGAUGUGUUAGUAUGUCCCAAAGCUUGCCUACUCUUCUGCUAUACUUUUUUUCUUCACAAAAAGAGUAGAUACUUUUAUGCCGUAGUAUAUAGGCGACGUGGGAUGCAGCAUCUGGACCAACGGAUUCAAUGUGUUUCCAUCCAAAGUUGCGAAUUUAACUUGCGCAAAUUAGAAAAUUGCAUAAAACAUUUGCGAAUAAAGCACCAUUUCCAUCCAACGAGAUGAAGACAACAAAAUCGUCACUUCCUGAUAAACAGGCGUCAAAUAUCACUAAGAAAAAUGUAGUACGAGAACUGUGGGUCUUUUUUCGUAUAUAAAUUACUUGUGUGCCAGAGUGCACAGACAAAACGCAAAAAGCACGGUCAUGUUAUCUUGCUUUCGGAGGAUGGGAACUAGGCCUAUUAAAAAAAAUAGACUCAAAAAAACAGUUUGUUCAUGAAUCAGUCAUCACUACUUCUCUCACAAACACCAAUGGUUUCAACAACUUUUAUGAUAGUUUUAUGAUGUAUUUUUUGAUAUUUUGCAAGAAAAAAAAUCAUCAGAAGAAAAAUAAAGUCACGUUUGGAACAAGUGGAAGAGUAAAUGAUUUUCAUUUUGUGGUGAACUAUCACUUUAAUUUCAGAGGCAUUUUUAAAAUUAUUCAUCUAUUUAAAUAGAUUUUUAAUUGCACCAUCCAUGAAUAUUUAAGUUCAAAUAGUGCCAUAAUAGCUACAAAAGGAUGUAUUCUACCCCUCAGAGCGAAAACAAAACCCUCCCCCGUUGAGUGCAAAUUCUUUGUAUGGUUGUUUUGAUCGGAGUGCAGCGAGUCAACGGGUUCAAAAGUGGGCGCGGCUCAGGGGCUGCGUAGCGUUCAACUCUCUUUCCCCAAACCCAGUAUUCUGCUCUCUCACACGACAAAAUGUGUCAUGCCUGCGUAAAUAUCAUUUCUCGCAGCCUUACCAAAAGCUGCAGCGCACCAGAAAUAUUGUUCACUGUUUGUCCUCAAGUGACCCGCUGCAGAAUUAAGGGCGGGAGAACCCAAAGAGUGAACAUCAGGAGAUGAGCUUGCACGCUUGCUAGUGCUGGGACCGCUUUAGAGACAGAGCAAAAGAGGGUCUUAGAGGGUCCGACACAGUCAUGAGUCUUUGAGGUGCAGCGUGAACCGGAUACAUGGAGCGGGCCAGCAGGAGAGCCAGUGGCUCUAUCAAACGGGCCUCCAUCAAACGCUCAGCAUCAGGGUCUCAGAAGGGCCAGAAAACUUGGAUUGAGAAAACAUUUCACAAAAGAGAAUGUAUCCAUAUAUUUCCAGCCAAGGAUCCAACCCGGUGUGCCUGUGGUUAUCUAGUGACUCAGCACACUGCCAUUCCUGCAGUCAACAAGCCAUCAGAAGAAAACCAUCUUGUGCAAGUGGACCCUCCUCAAGAAAAAUGGUCGGUGAUCAGACAUACCCAGAUUGCCCCUACUGACGCUUAUGGCACCAUUGAAUUUCAAGGAGGAGGAUUUGUCAACAAAGCCAUGUAUAUUCGGGUGUCGCAUGAUACUAAGCCGGACAGUUUGUUGCAUCUUAUGGUGAAGGAAUGGCAGCUGGAGUUGCCCACGCUGCUUAUAUCAGUUCAUGGUGGCCUUCAGAACUUUGACCUGCAGCCCAAACUUAAGCAAGUCUUUGGGAAAGGCCUGAUCAAGGCUGCCGUGACUACCGGAGCAUGGAUCUUCACUGGUGGAGUCAGCACUGGAGUGAUCCGGCAUGUUGGAGAUGCUUUAAAGGACCACUCUUCUAAAUCCAGAUGGAAGGUCUGCGCUAUAGGCAUCGCUCCAUGGGGAAUCCUGGAAAGCAAAGAGGAUCUAAUUGGAAAAGAUGUUAACAAACCAUACCAGGCCAUCUCCAACCCUCUGAGCAAACUUGCCGUUCUCAACAAUAGCCACUCACACUUCAUACUAUCCGAUAAUGGCACAUGUGGGAAAUAUGGGGCGGAGGUCAAACUACGCAGGCAGUUGGAGAAACACAUUUCACUCCAGAAGAUUAACACGCGAUUGGGCCAGGGUGUACCGGUGGUGUGUCUGAUUGUGGAAGGGGGUCCCAAUGUCAUCUCCAUUGUCCUGGAAAGCCUGCGUGAGGAACCACCUGUGCCUGUAGUGGUUUGUGAUGGCAGUGGUCGAGCCUCUGAUAUCAUUUCCUUUGCCCACAAAUACUCGGAGAUUGAAGGACUGGUAAAUGAGGAUGCAAAAGAGCAACUGCUGGUAACCAUCCAGAAAACCUUUAACUACAACAAAAUGCAGUCAGGGCAGAUUCUGCUCAUGGUCAUUGAAUGCAUGAAGAAGAGGGAAUUGAUAACAGUCUUUCGAAUGGGCGCUGAGGGACAAGAUGACAUUGAAAUGGCUAUCCUCACUGCAUUAUUGAAAGGAACAAACGCAUCAGCUCCAGAUCAGCUGAGCUUGGCUCUGGCUUGGAAUAGAGUUGACAUAGCACGCAACCAAAUCUUUGUGUAUGGACACAACCUACCACCUGCGAGUGCUCUUGCUAGCAUUUCCACCAGUGCAGCACCAUCUCAAGAAAAGCAUAAAGGAGCAACUCAACGUAACAAAGGAAAGGUCAGAGGAAAAAAGGGCAAAGGCAAAGCCAAACCAGAGCCACCAGUGGAAACUGACCCCAGAAAGUUAGAACUACUCAACUGGGUGAAUUCCCUCGAGCAGGCCAUGAUGGACGCUUUGGUUUUGGACAGAGUGGAUUUUGUCAAGCUCCUGAUAGAAAAUGGUGUAAACAUUCACCAUUUUCUAACCAUCCCUCGAUUAGAGGAGUUAUACAACACUAAACUGGGUCCUGCCAACACUCUACAUAUUGUAGUAAGAGAUGUUAAAAAGGGGAAUCUCCCUCCGGAUUACCAAAUCACAUUGAUUGACAUUGGACUGGUGGUGGAGUACCUGAUGGGCGGAGCCUAUCGCUGUAACUACACAAGGAAAAACUUCAGAGCUCUUUACAACAAUCUUUAUGGACUGAAGAGGCCUAAAGCCUUGAAGCUGCUUGGAAUGGAGGAUGAUGAACCCAGGACAAAAGGCAAGAAGAAGCAAAAGAAGAAGAAAGAAGAGGAAGAGGACAUUGACGUGGAUGACCCAGAGGUCUGUCGCUUCCACUACCCGUUUCAUGAGCUGAUGGUCUGGGCAGUGCUGAUGAAACGGCAGAAGAUGGCUCUGUUUCUGUGGCAGAGGGGCGAGGAGGCUAUGGCUAAAGCUCUGGUGGCCUGUAAGCUCCUCAAAGCUAUGGCUCACGAGUCGUCUCAGAGUGAGAUGGUGGACGACAUAUCGCAAGACCUCGAUAACAACUCCAAGGAGUUUGGAACCUUGGCCUAUGAGUUGCUGGAUCAGUCCUACAAACAUGAUGAACAGCUAGCCAUGAAACUGUUGACUUACGAGUUAAAGAACUGGAGUAACUCCACCUGUCUGAAGCUGGCAGUGGCUGCCAAGCACAGAGACUUCAUAGCCCACACCUGCAGUCAGAUGCUCCUCACUGACAUGUGGAUGGGCAGCUUAAGGAUGGGUAAAAACCCAGGACUGAAGGUGAUACUCAACCUCGUUUUCCCACCUUUUAUCCUGCUGUUGGAUUUCCGUCUGGGUGAUGACAUGUCUCAUCAAGUAACUGCAGAUAAUGAAGACAGGAAGACCAAGGAUGAUGAUAAGUCUGGCCGGGAUGCCAAUGCAGAUGCAGCCUCUAAGAAAGGAGACGAGGAGGAAGGCAAUAAGAAAAUGAGGCAGAUUCCAAUCGGGACAAAAAUCUAUGAGUUCUACAAUGCCCCUUUCACCAAAUUUUGGUUCAAUACUAUUGCCUACCUUGGCUAUCUCAUGCUGUACAAUUACAUAGUACUGGUGAAGAUGGAGCGUUGGCCAUGUUUACAAGAGUGGAUCGUCAUUUCAUACAUCAUCACUUUGGGGCUAGAGAAAGUCAGACAGAUCUUGAUGUCUGAACCAGGCAAGCUCAAGCAAAAGAUAAACGUGUGGUUGGAGGAGUACUGGAACAUCACAGAUCUGGUGGCCAUCUCCACUUUCUUGCUCGGGCUACUACUUAGGCUUCAAAGUGAACCCUACAUGGGCUACGGUCGUGUGAUCUACUGCGUGGGCAUUAUCUUUUGGUAUAUUCGCGUACUGGACAUAUUUGGAGUCAACAAGUACCUAGGACCCUAUGUCAUGAUGAUAGGGAAAAUGAUGAUUGACAUGCUGUAUUUUGUGGUGAUCAUGUUGGUGGUCCUGAUGAGUUUCGGUGUGGCACGACAGGCCAUCCUCCACCCAGACGAGGAGCCCACGUGGCGCUUGGCUCGCAACAUCUUCUACAUGCCUUAUUGGAUGAUUUAUGGAGAGGUGUUUGCAGAUUCGAUAGACCUUUACGCAAUGGAAAUAAAUCCCCCCUGUGGAGACAAUUUAUAUGAUGAGGAUGGGAAAAAACUUCCACCCUGCAUCCCUGGAGCGUGGCUGACUCCAGCCAUCAUGGCCUGUUAUUUGUUAGUGGCCAACAUCCUGCUUGUGAACUUGCUCAUUGCUGUCUUCAACAACACGUUCUUUGAGGUUAAGUCCAUCUCCAACCAGGUGUGGAAGUUCCAGAGAUAUCAGCUCAUCAUGACCUUCCAUGACAGGCCUGUGCUACCUCCACCACUCAUUAUCUUUAGCCACCUCUACAUCAUAUUCCGCAAACUCUGCUGCCGCUGUAACAAGAAAAAGGAGGGAGAACUGGAUGAGAAGGAUAAAGGAUUAAAGCUUAUUCUCACCCCGGAGGAGCUGAAGAUGCUGUAUGAAUUUGAGGAGCAAUGUGUGGAGGAAUAUUUCAGGGAGAGAGAAGACGAGCAACUGUCUUCAAAUGAUGAGCGUAUCAGGGUUACAAAUGAAAGGGUAGAGAACAUGUCCAUGCGCCUUGAGGAGGUGAAUGAGAGGGAGAACACAAUGAAGGCCUCCCUUCAGACAGUGGACCUUCGUUUGGCCCAGCUAGAAGACAUUAAUGGCCGAAUGGUGAUUGCCUUGGAAAGACUGGUGGGAAUCGACCACUCUGAAUUGACCCGCACACGCUCAUCGGCCUCCUCUAUUUGUGACCCAUCUUCUCUCCAGCGUCACAGUAGCAUCAACAGUGCUGAUGGGUACAGCCUCUACCGCUAUUACCUGGGCGUUGAUGAGCGUCCACCCGAGGAAAAAGAGGCAGAUCUGAGUAAAACAAUAAGCACUACAAACAUCAACCCAAAGGAAUAUGGCCAGAAUCUAGAGGUAGAUGUUCCAGGGGUGAAAAGACGCCUUGGCUCAUGUGUGGACAUCCGAAUCUUCCCUUGUGAGAAUGGUGUUGAGGCUGAUGGGACAAAGCCAGAAUCACCAAAAUCUUCAGUUCCUGACAACCAGACUUCUUCGGAUAGUGCCACACAGAAAGAAGCCUUGAUGACUGAGAGAGUGAAACUUCAGGCGACUACCUCCUACCCUCUAGAAAAGGUGAAAGCUUUCAAAUAUUAUCCCACAGAAAUACAAAGCACAUCCCCGUCCAGUGUACGAAGGUAUAGGAGCACAAUCUCAUUUGAUCAAACAAGUGGAAAGGAAGCAAAUCAAGAAGGGGAAGGAAUGGAUGGGUCUCCAGCUACAAGACGUUGGAGUGCUAGUUAUGAGUAUAAGGUACAUCCUAGUCUUUUUGGUCAGAUGCCAAAGGUAUCAAUGGUAAGACCAUUGGUAGACCAGAUUGACAAGUUUAGCAACAGUUUCAAGGUAGAGCAACAUUCUGACCAGCCUGAGCAACAGAGGCUGAGAGUUUCUACUAGACACAGUAAAGAGGAGAUGGGAAUGCAAGAUGGAGAGAAGACACUGGACAGUUCAGAUGGACCAAUGACUCAUGAAAGUGUUCAGCUGACAAUAGACAAUGGGAUGACAAAGGGUGGAGAGCUACACUCAGCAGGGGCGAUUGGUAAAGAGGCAUCGCUAGAUGUAGAUCUGGUAAACCGAGAAGAAAGGGGUGACAUAGUAGACCAGCAUCUGGAAGAUACUCAGCAGGAGAUGGGAAAGGAUCCAGAUGAUUCUGAAGGAAGUCUGGGAAAGGAAAAAAGUUCAGAGAAGCAAGAUGGAGAGCAAACAGAGGAGAUAACUACAGGUGCAGGUUACUGUGAUUCUGAAGUCCAAGCUGAUGGUAGCCACCUGCUUCUGCCAGAGGACACAAUGUUCCUCCCUGGAAGAUCAAAGAGCUGGUCCACAAAACCUUGCAAGUCCUUAGAAAACAGUUUGAAAAGAGCCCAUGGAUCGAGCAGUGAAAGAGACCUUGCUGGAGCCUAUGGAGACUCUUCUGAUGAUCCAGAGAAAUCAGCACAGAAGACAACAGAUGAUGUACCUUCAGACGAGCCGUAGCCAUACAUAAAGGGGACACUCUAGAACAAGCCUGGGCAAACUCGGUCCUGGAGGGCCACUGCCCUACAGAGACUGAAUCCCAAAUGGCACCCUAAAUCCUCACGGUCUUCCUCUGAGUCCGCACUUUUGUGACGUAAUGCCGCUUUGACUGCCGGGUAAAGUCCUCUACGUAGCUCGCAGACUUGUGGGCUCAGCUGAAGUGCGCAUCAAAGGCAGCAAAGGGGGCGCUCGCGAGCACCCUUCUGAAACCUAAAAUGAUGAAUGGGACACCCUGUGGUCGCGUGGACUUAACGGGCAUGCGGCAGCCAUUGUAAGUCCACAAGACUGAAAGUGCAUAGAAGUGUGCCAUUUGGGAUUCAGCCAGAGUUUAGCUCCAGCCCUAAUCAAACACACCUGAACCCAGCUAAUCAAUUCCUUCAGGAUUACUAGAAUGCUACAGGCAGGUGAGUUUUAUCAGGGUUGGAGCUAAACUCUGCAGGGCAGUACUGAGUUUGUCCAUCCCUGCUCUAGAAGCAGUCCAAUAGGAAGAUACAUUACUCAAAUAAGAAUAAUACACACAUUAUAUUCCUUAUGCACCUGUAACACUAGAUAUUUACAUUAGCAGUAUGUGCUCAGGUGUCAUGAUCAAGUUAACUGAGUAGCAGAUCUUUGAAACCAUAUCAUCAACUGUUCAUUAACUGUGUGCUUGCAAUUUCCAUCUUUAUAUAUAUAUAUAUAUAUAUAUAUAUAUAUUUAGGGUAUAAAAUACAUUAUGUGACAGUAUGUAACCUUGCUCACUGCUCUGGUCUUCAUCAUGCCAUUUAUGUGUUAUGGUUUAGAUGUUUUUGGAUUGGUAAACAGUAUACAGUAUGAGUAUCAGUAUUAUACAGUAUAAUGACAAUUUAUGGGCUAAAAAGUAAGGCUAUGCAAACUGAACAAGUCAAAAGACAAAAUGAGUCUACCUCAAUGCAAAAUGUUUGAAGUUAGUUGUAUGAGAGGCGCAUUCUGUUUAUUGUUGUGAUAAAACUGUCUAAUAGCACCAUCUACUGUUCUGGAUGAUGAAUUGUUGACAAAAAGAAGAUUAAACUACAGUCAAACCAAAAUUUAUCCAGACACCUUGAACAUUUCAUUCAUUAAUACAGUUUAUUCACUAUAGUUUAAAAAAUUGUAAUAAAAUGUGACAAGAUCUCAGCGUUAAAUUGUGUCAGAAAAAAUAAAUCUUAAUUAUGUCCGAUAACACUUAAGCAAAACAUGGUCAGGUCAAAGUGUCUGAAUAAUUUUUGGUUCCAUAUUUUUUUAAUCAAUUUUACUGGUAGUCCACUAUAUGAAGAAUUUUUGGGUAUAAU